AGCCAUGAGCCAUUGCAGAGGGGUUUAAGCAGGCUUAAACCCUAAAACCCAAUCCUAUCCCUUCGUUCUUCCCGACAUCGUCUGAACUGGGUUUGGUCCUCCUUCCAUUUCUACAAGCCGAAUUUGCUUCACGAGAAUUAGUCCGAUGCUUCUUGCCCGGUCAACCUCAGUUCUCCAUUUCUGCAAGCUGUCCUCUUCCCCGCCAGAGCAGCUCUCGCGGUUCAGGAGCUCAUGCCCAUCUCUGCUUCGCUCCCGCCCGUCAUCUUCCCGUUGUGCGCUGUCUUUUUGGCUGAUUAAACCGCCCCGUGACUGCUCUUCCCGGAGCUUCGCGGCUGCCGCCGUUUCUGGCAGAGACGGCAGCGAGACGUUCCUUGCUGAGGAGGGCGUCUCAUGGUCGUCCCUCGGAGUGUCGGACAAGCUUGCCAGAGCUCUCGGUAGCGUUGGAAUCGACAGGCCCUCUCUUGUUCAGGCUGCUGCUGUGCCUUCGGUUCUCUCGGGAAAGGAUGUGGUAGUUGCAGCGGAAACUGGUAGUGGUAAAACACAUAGUUACCUUGUUCCUCUGAUCGAUAGGCUGUGUGCUACUAGCUGUGAUCCUGCACGUACUGAUGGAGAACCGAGUGCGAGUUCUUCCAAAAGGGUUUCUCUUGUUCUUUGCCCGAACAUUAUGCUAUGCGAACAAGUGGUCCGAAUGGCUAAUGAUCUCUGUGGAGAUGACGGUGAGCCUCUUCUCAGAGUUGCUGCUGUCUGUGGCCGACAGGGAUGGCCAGUUAAUGAACCUGAUAUGAUCGUCUCAACGCCAGCUGCUUUCUUGAACAACAUUGAUCCUAAAAAAUAUCGGCGCAUGGAUUUUAUCCGGGAAGUGAAAUAUGUGGUAUUUGAUGAAGCCGAUAUGCUUCUCUGUGGAAGCUUCCAGAAUCAAGUCAUACGCCUCAUAAAUAUGCUACGGUUUGAUGAGAAACUACUCUCUCGGAGCAAAAGUUAUGAUCAUAAGCAGCCGACUGAGCUGAGCGCAGAUUCUGAACUGGCCUUUGAUGAGGAAGAUGGUGAGGGCGCACGUGCAGAUAUUGCUUCGGAUGAGGAUGAUGAUGAGGAAGAGGAGGAGGAGGAGGAUAAUGAUUCUAUGGCCGAUGAUGCUCUGGAAACUGAGCAGAGGAAUGAUGAUGGACCAGUGAAGAGAAGAAGAGGCUGGAGAAGAGUGAGAAAAGAGUAUGAGCGGAGUAAGCAGUACAUCUUUGUUGCUGCUACACUUCCAACAAACGGGAAGAAAACUGCUGGUGCUGUGCUCAAGAAGAUGUUUCCAGAUGCUAAGUGGGUUAGUGGGAAUUACCUCCAUUACCACAACCCCAGGUUGGAGCACAGAUGGGUUGAGGUCAACGUUGAAACACAGGUUGAUGCCUUAAUAGAAGCCAUUAGCAAGGGUUUGAAAUCUACAAGUAUGGAUCAGAACUCAAGUUUAAGCCGGACGAUGGCGUUCGCAAACACUGUUGAUGCAGUUGAAGCAGUGGCAAAUAUACUUGAGAGAGCUGGGAUUGAGUGCUACCGCUACCACAAGGAUAGCUCUCUAGAGGAGCGAACAGAGACCAUAGUUAAUUUCAGGGAGAAAGGUGGAAUCCUCGUUUGUACUGAUGCUGCAUCUCGAGGUCUUGACAUACCAAACAUCUCACAUGUUAUUCAGGCCGACUUUGCUACAUCUGCUGUAGAUUUCUUGCAUAGGGUUGGGCGAACUGCUCGAGCUGGUCAGUUUGGGGUCAUCACGAGCCUCUACACAGAAUCUAGUCGGGAUCUCGUUAAUGCAAUUCUUGAAGCAGGGAGAUUGGGUCAACCUCUGGAAACAGCAUUUAGCCGGAAGAGAGGCUUCAGGAACAGGCUUAAGAAGAAAGGCCGAACAAGGUCAGGACCAUCUCAUGCUGAGAUGAUGACUGCUUAAGCAAGUGCAUGUUUUAAUCCGUGCUAAUUUCAACUGCAUUAGUUGCCAGUUUUAAUCUGUGAUGCGAAAGAGAUCCCAAGACACUGCCCUGUAUUACUCGAGCUUUACUUCAAGACUUAAAUGGACGCAAUGUUAACCAGGAAAAGCUUAGCAGCAACUCGAGGGGUAAAUUUGUUGAAGAUUCUGACAAUCAAAACGCUUGACACUUUCCCGUUCGGGGUAUAGAACUGCUCAUAUAUGCACUAAAGAGGAAGGAGAGCCUUCAGCUGGUAAUUAAGCUCAAGAUUCUGAUGGAGCACCAGAAGCUCGUCCUAUGCCUUGGUAUUGCUUGUUGCAGCAAUGUGACUCCAACCGAGAGCUACAUAUAUCUGCCUCGACCUUCUCGUCUACGAGGUCUAUACUGUAUUUCUUUCAUACUUUGUAAACGCUGCGUUUUUGCCUAUUGUGAAUUUUCUUAUAAGCAUUAAACGGGUUCCCAUUGUUGCUAACAGUCUGAGUGGUCCUUGUUAAUACAAGAAGAGACGGAAAAACUCAAGUUAUUCA